AUGCGCUUGAAUCAUGAAGGUCAUGAAAAUGCUAAUUUUGCAAAUUUCUUGAUGGAGAUUGGGACCAAUCCUCAAGAAAUCGUUAACCUUCCAUCAACAAUACACAAAUGUCAAGAUUUGAAUGAAUUACUUUCUACAGUUUACCCACGGUUGAACAUGAUAGAGACGUCAACCCCAACAUUUUUAACUGAACGCACAAUUCUGUCUGCGCGUAACGAUGAUGUCAGUGACAUCAAUACUACUGCGUUGAAUAUCUUUCCAGGGAGAUUAUAUACUUAUCUUGCAGCAGAUAAAAUGUCUGGAGAUAAUGAAAUUGAUCCUACCAUUACAAAUAGAUAUCCUAAUGAAUAUUUAAAUUCAUUGGAUCCUCCUGGGUUGCCAACUUUUAAGUUAGAGUUGAAGGUGGGUUGUCCUAUAAUAUUGUUGAGAAACAUUGCACCAAAAGAUGGACUAUGUAAUGGUACAAGAUUGAUGGUUAUUAGGUGCGACACUCGCAUAAUUGAAGCUCAAAUUUUAACUGGAGAAAAGUUUGGUAAUUUGGCAUUUAUACCAAGGAUAUCUUUGGCACCAUCUUCUUCAGAAAUGCCUUUCCAAAUGACAAGACGUCAAUUUCCUGUCCGAUUGGCAUAUGCGUUGACCAUUAAUAAAUCUCAAGGACAAUCUGAGAAAUUUGUUGGGGUUGAUUUGCGCAUACCAGUUUUUAGCCAUGGACAAUUAUAUGUGGCAUUAUCUAGAUGUACAUCAUUUGAUCGUAUAAGUAUUCUGCUCCCUAAAGAUUGUUUGGAUUCUACUACAAAUAUUGUUUAUUCUGAAGUGUUGUUGUAG